AUGAAGUUCCGACCCCCCUUCCGCUGCGUCAAAUCCAACAUGGCGGCGCCCGGUGCGGCGGACCGAGUGGAGGCAGGCUGCGGUGCUACGGAACCGUCACACCCGGCCUGUGGAGACUCGAAGAGGCCUCAGUUCGGGACUCGUUUCCUCACGGACCCGCGGGAAGUCUUCCAGCACAACGCCUGGGACAAUGUGGAGUGGACGGAUGAGCAAGAAGCAGCAGCGAAGAAGAAAGUUUUAGAAAACAGUCAGCCGCUGCCGCCCGAGAAACAAGAGGAGUACGACAGCCGGGCCAACGAGUACUGGAACGACUUUUACACCAUCCACGAGAACCGAUUCUUCAAAGACCGCCACUGGCUCUUCACCGAAUUCCCAGAGCUGGCCCCACAGUGCGGCCUCCACCAGGAACCCAGCGCUGACGCCUCUGCUACAGAGCUGCUUCAGGAGGACAGCGCUGAUCAAAAACAAUGCACACAACUGGCGAGUUUGUCUUUAAGUGACGGCGAGUUUCCAGGGUCAUCUGCCACGUAUCGUAUUCUGGAGGUCGGCUGCGGUGUGGGGAAUACAGUUUUCCCAAUACUGAAGACUAACAAUGACCCGGGUCUCUUCGUCUACUGCUGUGAUUUCUCCAGCACAGCUGUGGAGCUGGUCAAGACGAAUCCAGAGUACGACCCCGGGCGCUGCUUCGCCUUCGUUCACGACUUGAGCGACGUGGAAGCCGAUUACCCCGUCCCUGAUGGGACCCUGGACGUCGUGGUCCUCAUCUUUGUGCUGUCAGCACUGCAUCCAGACAAGAUGCAGGCGUCCAUCAGUCGACUGGCUCGCCUGCUGAAGCCUGGAGGAGUGAUGCUGCUCAGAGACUACGGACGCUACGAUAUGGCUCAGCUCCGCUUUAAGAAAGGGAGGUGUCUGUCAGAGAACUUCUACGUUCGAGGCGAUGGGACACGAGUGUAUUUUUUCACGCAAGACGAGCUUCACGAGCUGUUCGCCGGGGCCGGGCUGGAGAAAGUGCAGAGCCUCGUGGACAGAAGGCUGCAGGUGAACAGGGGCAAACAGCUCACCAUGUACCGAGUGUGGAUCCAGUGCAAGUACCGAAAGGCUCCAUGUCUGCCGCCCGAUACGUGAGGAGGGGGCUCCACCACUUGACCUCUGAGCUGAAAGGAAGCAUGGGAUGCUUAUUUUUCCCAGAGGACGCACGGCCCCGGAAGGCUUGACUGUGAUUGCAAUAAAGAGGACGUAGCAGGAUCGUCCCUGUGAAGGCUGAACACCGUCUCAGCUACAGUAAUGUGGAUGGACUAGUUUCAUGGUGUUACUGAUAAUGCUGCAGUCCACAAUCAAGACUGACGUUUCCAUUUUAACUUAUGAAAAGGACCGCUUACCCAUGAACAAAAGUGUCCAGUCGUUUUUAAAUUGAAUGUUUUGGCACAAUUUGAAAAGAUUUCAUCACAUUUUUGUAUGCAGGGAAUAAAAAAUGACACCUGAGGUGU